GUUUUUGUGGUGGGGAUGCCGGAAAAUACUCCUCUCAAAGAUUUGGGAGAAGAAAAACAUUCGCCCAGUGCUUUUCGCAUUUUCGUCAGUGGAAGCUGUCUGUCCAGUGCUAAAGUAUCUUCUAGUCUCCUUUAGUUUGUAUGCAUAAAGUGAUAAUACUCUGCGCGUCUGUGCAAUAAAAGUGAACCAAAAAAGUGAUCUCAAAAGUAAGUUGUAGUUGCUGAGAGAGAAAAAUUGUGGAGUGGUGAGGAUUAGUGUGAAGGAGAUAGCACGAAGGCAGCUGGUGUGAGAGGGAGCGAGAGAGGUUGUGAGAGAGAGCGUGCUGAGAGAAGGGGUAACCAUGUCGACCGUCAGCCGCCUACUCAGCAUUUGCCGUCCCGGCGGCAUACGUCCGUACUGCGUGACGUUCAGUCAGCCUCCGGACGUGAAGGGAACCGUGUCGUCUGUGCAAGUGACAAUAAAUCGCACCAUGGCCUCCGCAUCCAGUGAGAAAAUUCUCACAAUUGAAAAUCUCAAUCCCUGUAUCAAGGUGAUGGAGUACGCUGUGCGUGGUCCCCUUGUGAUCCGGGCUACAGAGAUUGAGAAGGAGCUCGAAAAGGGCGUCAAAAAACCCUUCAAGGAUGUCAUUCGGGCCAAUAUCGGAGAUUGCCAUGCAAUGGGACAAAAGCCCAUUACUUUCUUUCGACAGGUUUUGAGUUUAGUUCUAAAUCAGGCACUUUUUGACGAUCCCAAAAUCACGGAUGACGUAAAAGAGCGCGCUAGGACAAUUUUAUGUGGCACUCGUGGCUGUUCAAUGGGAUCGUACACUGACUCUUCUGGUAUUGAAGUGAUUCGGCAGCAUGUAGCAAAGUACAUUCAGGAGCGCGAUGGUGGAAUUCCAUCCGAUCCUGACAACAUUAUUUUGUCUACUGGUGCUUCGGGAGCCAUUAAAAAUCUUCUGGCACUCUUUCAUUCGAGCAUAAAUGGGAAGAAUUCAGGCGUAAUGGUUCCCAUUCCCCAAUAUCCUCUGUAUUCUGCAUCAAUUGCUGAGUUUGAUCUCAAGCAAGUGGACUAUUAUCUGGAUGAAUCGAAAAAAUGGGGAUUAGAUAUUGCUGAACUGGAGAGGGCUGUGAAUGAGGCCAGAAAAGUUUGUGUUCCACGAGUGCUCGUGGUGAUAAAUCCGGGCAAUCCGACUGGUCAGGUUUUGACACGGAAAAAUAUUGAGGAAAUUAUUAAAUUUGCGUAUAAGGAGCGACUUUUUAUUUUUGCUGAUGAAGUCUACCAGGACAAUAUUUAUGACAAGGACUCACAGUUCCACUCAUUCAAGAAGGUACUCGUUGAGAUGGGAGAGCCGUAUUCCAAGAUGGAAAUGGCUAGUUUUAUGUCGGUUUCAAAGGGUUAUAUGGGAGAAUGUGGAAUUCGUGGAGGAUAUGCAGAAAUUAUGAAUAUGGCUCCAGAUGUCAAGGCAAUGUUGCUAAAAGCAAUCUCAGCUCAACUCUGUUCCAGUACAAUUGGUCAGGCGGCAAUUGAUUGUGUGGUGAAUGCACCAAAACCUGGAGAGCCAUCUUAUGAGUUGUUUAUCAAGGAGAAGACAAAUGUAUUGCAAUCUCUGAAGCGACGAGCUGAAAUGGUUACCAAAACCUUCAAUUCCUUCGAGGGAUUCUCCUGCAAUCCUGUUAUGGGUGCCAUGUAUGCCUUUCCGCAGUUCAAACUUCCGCCGAAAGCCAUUGAGGCGGCCAAGAAAGCUGGUCAGAAGCCCGAUGCGUUCUAUGCAUUCCAGUUACUCGAGAGAACAGGCAUUUGUAUAGUUCCUGGCAGUGGAUUUGGUCAGAAGGAGGGCACUUAUCAUUUCCGGACGACAAUUUUGCCACAGGAAGAAGACCUCAAGAAGAUGUUAAGCAUGUUUGACAAUUUCCAUAAAGAAUUUAUGAGUCAGUAUAAAUGAAGAGAUUGUGCUAUAAGCAAAAAAAAAUGUACAUGUAUAUUUCGAAAUUAUUGAGCAAUAAAAUUGCAUUUCACAAAAAA